UUACGGUAAUUUUUCUUAACAAGGCUGAGCUUCCAAGAAAAUGAACAUGAAUGGUCAUUGCUAUCUAGAAUCUUUGGAACGUCCCUUCCCCAUUGAAGUUGAAAAUUAAAAUGGGUAAGGGAAGGGUGGCCGACGUCCCAAGGAUUACAGAUAGCAACGACAAAUCAUGACUCGUUGGUUUGAUGUAGCAUUACCCGUUUCCUUUUCAUUUAGCCACACCCUAUGAGCUAUGACGCCAAAAACGUCCUUUCUCUUCAGUGUAAACGGAAGUUAGCAAUGACCAAAAACAAUUUCUACGUUAGCUUUUUCUAUUGCUGUUAUUUAUACGUUUAUUAACACGAUGUAACUCUAAAUAUGACUGAUUAACUUAACAGCAUCACAUACGAAUUGGAGACGGGACUUGGUUGAUAGAUGUUAUCUAGGUAUAGUUAGCUAACAAUGGCUAACUGUAUGGUUUUUCACAAUCAAAUAGCCUCCAUUAUGGAGGUGCUAGCGAAUUCAGCCGUGGCAGAGAUCUGUAAACUCGUAGACGACGACUAUGCAGUGUUUCGUUUGGAAAUGACUCAAAGCCAGAAAGACAACAGGGGAUUGCGGAGGAAACUACAACUACUGGAAUUGAAGGUGGCACGGGAACACGCAGAGAGAACUUUGCGACAGCACGUCGUCGCCAGUCGUCCCAAUAGUGUCAAGAUCCUCGACCGAUACAGAGGAAUGGCAAGAGGUGAAGGACAUCUUACUGGAGGCCACAGGAGCUUUGUGAAGCCAGCGGGACACAACGUGUGGAGAGAUGACCAACCCAUAGCUAUAGAUGAGAGGAGUGGAACCUCAACCCAGCAUGUUAUCGUGAUAGAGUCUGCAAAUGCAGAUGCUGCAGGUCCUGGGGUCAAGCAGGAGAGGAAUGAAGGAGAGGAGGACCCACAACACAGCAGAGACAUCCAGUCUGGAGCAGCGGCUGGAGUGGCCCACCCUGUAGUCACGGAGGACCUUGCCGCUUACGCUGCGCCCCAGACCAGGACCGGACGCAGCAUCACGGAGGUCAGUGGAACGCUGAACGACGUCCUCAAGUCAGAGACUUUAACUGUAACACAGAGGCUCUUACACACAGGAUCUGACCACAGAUCAGACCCAGAGAGACUGGGGUUGGGGCCACUGGCUGCUCCUGGCACAGAGUACUUACCAGUAUUUCACCAGAGCCAGAGGACGGUUAAUUCCCAUGGAGAUGGUGAUGCGUUCUACACUGGCAUUGAUGAUCUGUCUUGUUCUUACGCUACAGAGAUGGACCCUGACCACAUAUCCUUGGGUUUAGAGACACAGACUGAUCUGUUUAGAGGGGACUGGAACCGGUACAGUAGUAGUGUAUACUCUGAAGGGUGCCUAGAUAAGAAAGGGGAGGUUAUAGUGGUAGAUGAGGUGACUGUGAAAGUGGAGGGCGAUACUCCUCCUACAUGGAAUGCAGAUAGUCACCUAGGAGAUGGACAGUCACAUGGCAGAGAUUUCUUAGAUUGCAGGGGAAGCUUAGAGACAAAUCUAAAUGUCGACACUCACUCCCCUUUACACGUGUUCAGGGAUCGUGACCCAGUGUCCACGUCAUUGGGACCUUUCGAUUCACAUGGCUCCGUCCUUUUCGAUCAAGUAUUGAACUCAAAAGACCAAAGUGCCAAGACACAGGGAGGGGGAGCCACAUCGGGCAAAAAUAAAGACAAACCGUUCCUCUGCAUGUUCUGUAACAAAGGCUUCAGCUGCUCCCAGAAGGUGGAGAUCCAUCAGAGGAUCCACACAGGGGUGAAACCCUUCAGCUGUACCCAGUGUCACAUGCGCUUCGCCCAGGCUUGCAACCUGAAGAGGCACCAGAGGGUCCACACAGGGGAGAAACCCUACAGCUGCCCCCAGUGUGAGAAGAGGUUUUCCCGCCAGCACCAGCUGAAGAUGCACCUGAAGGCCCACACCGAAGAAAGGUCAUUCACCUGUACGCACUGCGGAAAGAGGUUCUCGGAGAGCUGCUACCUCAGGAUACACCAGCAGAAAAACCAUUCCACUCUGUAACGUAGAAAGUAACCAUUCCACUUGAUAGUUUCUGACAUUUUAGAUCAAACCCUGCAACAAAGACAAAUGGGAAUUGUUUUCAACAGAAAAUACCCAUAGAUUAAUGAAACCCAUUAGGCUACAAUGCCUCUUAUUCUCUGGCUAUAUGCAAAAAUCUAUACGUCUCCGAAUGGGUCCAAUAAUUGAUAAUGCAGUUAAAGUGUGGAGACAGGCCAACAGACAUCUCAUGAUCUCAUUCCCUUUUCAGAGCCAUUCUCCAUUAUGGACAAUAACCUAAACUUAUCGGGCUCAAAACCCUUUGUCUAGUAGAAAUAUUUUAAUCCUCAGUGACAUCUUUGACAAUUCAGGUCUUCAUACUUUUCAAGACUUCAAAGAAUCAUAUAAUCUCCCAGGGACUUCCUUUUUCCCCCCCUUAUGCUCCGCUUGGCUUUCAAAGAAUACGUAGUAUCCUGGGAUUCCCUUAUUGCCACCCAUCCCCUAGUUGAGACUCUUUUGAAUACUCCCAAAUCUGUUGGCCUGGUCUCCACUUUCUACUCCAAACUUAACUCGAUCGACAAGUGUUCACCUGCGGUCACUUCCAUCUGGAACAGAGAACUAAUAGGUUUUGGAAAACAGUUGAACUGGAAGGUGAUAUGGAACAAUGUUUUCUCAUAAAACAUCUCACCAGUUGAUUAAUUUAAAAUGUAUUCACAAAUGUUUUUCUACACCAUAUCGCCGCUUCCAGAUGAAACUCUCUGGCGAUAAUCUUUGUAAACGGUUGCCCUCUUGGAUCAGUCUGGAUCUAUAUACAUACCGUAUGUUUUGGGAAUGCCCAGUGAAUCUGUUUUUGAAAAUCACUGAGAGACUGAGAGACCUUACAGAUAAUUGUAUGUGUGGGGUACAGAGAUGGGGUAGUCAUUCAAAAAUCAUGUGAAACACCGUUAUUGCACACAGAGUGAGUCCAUGCAACUUAUUAUGUGACUUGUUAAGCCCAUUUGUACUCUUGAAGUUAUUUAGGAUUGCCAUAACAAAAUACUUAUUGAACCAAGACAUUUCAGCGUUUCAUGUUUAAUUAAGUUGUAAAAAUGUCAAAUAACAUAAUUCCAUUUUGACAUUAUUGGGUAUUGUGUGUAGGCCAGUGAAACAAAAUCUAAAUGUAAUACAUUUUAAAUUCAGGCUGUAACAACAAAAUGUGUAAUAAGUCAAGGGGUGUGAAUACUUUCUGAAGGCUCUGUAAUAGUCGACGGAGGUUAUCCGAGGUUAAACGAUUUUUAACAAACCCACUUUUAUCAUUAAAUGAAGUUCUGUCUUGA